AUAGGAGCGGAAGGGCAGUCAUGCUCUCAUCCUUAAGCGGCGUACGCUGUGUCUUUCUGGUCCUCCUCUUCAUUUGCCUGUCAGGAGGCGUUGUUGCCUUCCUUCCUGCGUCUGUAUUGCCCACUCGGGAAAGUUCCUUCCCGUCUCGCUUGCAUGCUGAAAACAAGCAUAACGGGGACAAUAAACCAGGAUCGAACGGGUUAAACACUCUUUUUUCUCCGCCGUCUAUGACCAAUCCAUUCGAAGCCUUGGGAAAGCAAUUGACAUUUUUCUUUGAAAAAUUGACCGGGGGAACCGAUACUAAUUCCGCGAUGGCCUCUCGGGCCCUUCCGCCCCCACCUCCCUCGGUUCGUCGCACCGGUGGACCAGUCUCCGUUGUUUUUGGCGCCACUGGUCGGGCAGGGCGUGAAAUUGUGCAAGCGUUGUUACGGGAAGGACAUGAUGUGGUGGCCGCGGUGAGGAACGAAUCGAAACUGAACGAAGUGUUUGGGGCGUCUGCGCUGAGUGGAGCAACGCCUGCCAGUCCAGGACAUGGAUUGUUGGACUAUAUCAGUGGGAUUGACGUCACCAAUGCAGCCACUCUAAGCAGUGGUAAGGUGCCUGCAGUGUUGAAGGAGGCAUGCCAUGUGGUCGUCGCCCUCGGUCCUGUUGGAGGGGUGCAGCCGGGGGGCGGUUUUGGGUUCUUUCCAGGGUUGACGAGCGAAGACGUCGACUUCAAGGGUGUUACGAAGGUCAUCGACGCGGUGGUGGACGCAAAGGGGGUGGUGAAGGAAGGGGCAGGGGAAGGUGGAAAGAAAAAAGCCGCGGGAGAAGUGGAGGAGAGGAAGAGAACGCUUUUCCGGUUCGAGACGCCCGAGGACGUGGCCAAAUGGCAGCGGCUGGACGACGUGAUCAUGGGGGGGCAAUCUUCCUCCUCUUUGGAGCUGGACAGAGAGAAAGGCUACGCGACGUACACGGGGAGCCUGGUUGUGGAAGGUGGUGGCUUUUGUGGAACUCGAGCCUCCGGGGGCGACGCAUCGGUGGAUUUGUCGGGCUUUGAUGGCGUGACCCUGCGGGUCCGGGGGGACGGGCACCGUUACAAAUUAAAUCUAAAGACGACCGAAACCCUCGCGUCGGAAAACGUCUAUCAGGCAGCUUUCGACACGCUUCCACUCCAGGACGUGGGAGAGGGAGCGGGGGGAUGGCAAACCAUCACCAUCCCUUUCCAUCGAUUCUAUCCCGUGGUUCGAAACCGGGUCGACUACAAAGCAGCCCCCCUGCAACCGUCCUCCCAGGCAGCGGUGAGUCUCGGCUUGGUCUACUCCCGUUUUGAGUUCAACCGACAAGCGAAUCCAUACUACGACCCGGGUGCUUUCUCUCUAUCAUUGGAGGAAAUUGCCCUCUAUCGCUCCCGCCGUCCCUCCCUCGUCCUGGUCUCCUCGGCUGGCGCAGAGCGAAACGCGAAGGUCGAGACGGAAGAGGAUCGCAAGACGGAAAUCCCCAUUGUGAUGCUCAACCCGGGAGGGAUUCUAAAUUGGAAGUACCGCGCUGAGACCUACCUUCGGGCCUCACCCCUGCCAUACACCAUCCUCCGACCCUGUGGCCUGGUCCCGGAGAAAGCCUUCGGCGACGAGCCCUCCACUGGGAAACUUCAAGCAGGGCAAGGCGAUACUAUCACGGGUAGGUUGACCCGACAAGACUUAGGGCUGGCCGUGGCUGCGGCUUUGGCCUCCCCGUACAGCGCGGGUAAAACGAUGGAAAUUCGCAGGGACGAAGCAGCAGAUGCCAAUGCUAUGACGGGGGUGGGGCGACGACCGAGGACCACGGCCGUAACGGCCCUGGAACUCUUUCAACCGUUGGUGGCUGAUAAAGACCGAGCAGUGUCCGGCACGUCGGGACUCUUACCGUUCCCUGAGGCAGUCGAUCCUCCCCAGGAGGUUUCUCCGGAACGAGCCAAGGAGAUUUUGAACGAUCCGCGGGUGAAAGCGCAGCAAGACAGGGAUCGGGCCCUGGUGGAGUCAGGCGCAUUGCAGAAAGGGCAAGGAGGGGGAGGAAGGGUAGAGGAGGAGCCUGCGGCCGCGGUGUCGAUGACGGCGAACCAGGGCAAGUGAAAGGAGAGGGAGGGGGGGCGGUGAAAGGGUGGACCAGAGGAUUCAUGCUUAGUAUGUAGGUGUGUGUGCUGUGCGUAUUUGUAGAGGGUCGGUGCCUGAUGGCGCCUCGGCGCGGGUGCAUGUCCAGA